AGGAAAAAUGAGCGAGGGACAGCCAACUUACAAAUUGAUCUACUUUAACGCCCGCGGUCGUGCCGAGCAUAUUCGCUACAUAUUUGCAUACGCCGGCAUCGACUACGUCGACGAGAGGAUCCCCAAAGAACGCUGGCCUGAAUUGAAGAAAUCAAUGCCUUAUGGAAUGCUGCCUGUGCUGGAGAUAGACGGGAAACCGAUAUCGCAGAGCAACGCUGUGGCGAGAUAUUUGGCGAGGAAGCACAAUCUAACUGGAAGGGACGAGUGGGAGGCGAUGAUGUGUGACGUGCUCGUCGAUACUCUCGGAGAUCUGAAGCAAUGUGAGUGAAUGACUGACAAAGUGGCUUUACAUUCGCCUUUACAUCGCGGACACUCGAAAGUUCGAGAAUCUCAUUGUGAAAAUGAAGGUGCACAGAUAAGAUGCGAUCGUCUCCUUAACGCGAUAUUCUACUGUGAGAGACACCCUCUUAUCUUGGGAAUAUUUACUUUCGGAGUUUAAUAAAUUUAUCUACACCUUCUUAACAGUCGAAUGUUCUUUUCGAGGAGAAGUAAUCGAGAUUGAGGAAAGUACAGAGUCUCGAAGGGACGAACGCAGGAGAGACAUGUCUGUUGCUUAAGGGGAUAUUCUACUAAGAAACGUGUGACUCUCUUUGGAA